AUGAUGCAGGCCGGUUGGUCGACGUCGGACACGACGGCGUCUUUGCAAGGCAUCUACCUUAUACAUGCGUUCAUGAUCACACUAGUUGGGACCGCAAUGAAUGUGUUCGUCAUCUACAGAAUGCGCAGACUGUAUAAUCGGAAUCCGGAACAAGUAAGUUUUUUAGAGGUCAUAAAAUUUUUUUAGUCAUCAAAAAUUUUUUGCCAAAACAAAUUUUUUUUGCCAUUACAUUUGUCAUAAAUUUUGAGAAAAUCGCCCCUUCCAACUGCUUGAAAAAAACAAUAAUCUUCACGUAAAGGCUUCUACUACGUCAAAAAUACAAUUAAAAAUUGUAGGGAAAUAAAAAAAAUAAAAUUAUAGGGGGUUUCAAAACUUUUCGUAAACAAAUUUCAGGACUUUUUUUCUUCAAAACACAAGUUGCGAAAAUUCUUUGCACUUUACUUCAUGUCAUCAUUUUGUGCAAGAAUUGGACUUAUAAUUACUAAUGAGAUACAAAGCAGUUCUUUUUAUAACCCUUAAAUUAUAUUAGCGAUACUUUUAAUAAGAAUUUUUUUGAAUAAUUCAAAAAAUUACACAAAUUUUUUCACACUACAAAUAAAAAAAAUCAAAAAAAAAAAUUUUUUUAUUCUCCCAAAUUUUGACCUCUGAUGCCUUAGGCUAUUGAUACUGGAAUCCAUAAAUUCAAAAUAAAUCUCUCGUUUUUCUGCACAUUAGGAAAAUGCCACAAACUUUUGCAAGAUUAAUGGAAGAAAGGAGUCGAAUUUGGAAACGUUAAUUGUUUGGUGUGCGUUAACCUCUACGGAUUAAUUGGCUUAUGGUCCGGAGGAGAUCUCAUCUAAAUUUAGGGGGCAAGUUCAAAGAGAUUUUCGGACGUCAGACGGUAUUUUAGGGCUUGAAAGUUUGGCUAAAAUUGAAAAAAUUAUAAGAUAUCAAAAAAAAAUUUUUUUUGAUUUUUUUGGUUUACAAAGGGAAUUAAGAAUUUUUGCAUAAAAUUAAUAAAAAUUUGUAUAAUUUUUAUUAAUUUUAUUAUUUUGCAUACUAAAAUUCAAAAAAAAAAUUUUUUUUAUUUUUUACUUUUUGACAAUGCCAAAUUUUUUUCAUUUUUUUUUAUUUCUCUCAAAAAUAUAUUUACAUCAACAAAAAAUCCAAAAAAACUCUCCGAGUUUCUUUGUGUACGACUUGUUUACAUCCCCAAAUCCACACCAAAUCCCCUACCAUCUCCGCAGCACGUGUGCCGCAAAAUAAAAGUAUUACCGUGGAUACGCGCGGAUUAGCCGAGAAAAAUGUGGAUUGAGAGUCUUUUCGGGGCCAUGGGAUGAUGUUCGAGUGGAUUUUGGGUGCGAAAAACUUCCUGGUGUAAGAUACUUGUUAUGCAGAAAAGUUGGUGGGAUCGCCGAAAAGGGCUAUUAAUGCAAUUGGCAUAAUAAAUGAGGCUAAAUAUAAGACAAUGGCAAAAAAAUAAAAGAAAAAUGUAAAAUCAUUUCUUUUUAUAGAAAAUAUAAUGUAAUAAUUUCCGUUACAGUAUCGGAAUGGGAUCGGCAUCUGUCUGUUCGUCAUGUCCGUGGCGGAUCUCAUCUCUUUGGGCUCUCUGAUGGCCCACUUUACCACCGCCAACAUGUCGGCCAUCAUUCCCACCAGCAUGAUGAAGAUUCUCUGUCCGCUGAUUUCGUUUGUGGCGCACACCGCCUACACGCAGUCCAUGUGGUGUUGGUGGCUGAUGUCGGCGCUCAGAUUCCUCGCCACUCGUCGUCCUUUGCAAUAUACUACAUUAUGGCGAUUGCCAUGCAUGGUGAUGGGCGUGACGUUCAUGCUGGUCUCGUUUUUCAACUCCUUUCUGAUGGCCACCGUCCAUUACGACCCCAAGUCGCAGAUGUGCUACCAGGACUACACGGCGACCGCCAGAACCCAUCGAAUGGCCGAUGUGUUCCUGAGCUUCUUCACACCCACCAUUCUGGUGUUGUACAUGGACCUGAGCGUGUUGUGCUGUCGGAUUCAGUCGCGAUUGGCCGACCCCAUGCUGCAGAUCGUCAUCAAUCGGCCGGCGGCGGAGAAGGUACGUGAAAUGAGUGUAAGUGUUAUGCCUUCCACAUAGCAUGCCGUUUACAAAAAUUCGGGAUUUUUCACCCAAAAUAUUCGAGAUUUUUCGCCCAAAAGUCUUUGGCUUUUGGCCAAUUUGUCCCGUCCACUUUCCGAUUACCCCCAGUUUUUUCGCCAAAACUAAUUGUCUGUGUUUUCAGAGGAAGUCGCUACACCGAUUCUUGGUCAUCACCGGCUCCUGUAUCCUACUCAACUUCCCCGAAAACUUCCUCCGCUUCGGGAUUGCGGCCGGCCUUCCGUUCGUUCAGCCCGCCGUCUUCCCCGCCGCCCUUGCCGUCCUCACCAAGGCCCUGUACUUUGCACAGGUGAGAUUUACGAGCCAAGAUGAGCUGAAUGUGUCAUUGGGCAAUUAAAAUUUUCGGAAGAAUUUUGAAAGCCGUCUAGUCUCGAUUAGCAUGUCGAAUUCGGCGUCUAAUCUUGUUAACGGGCCCGUUAAUCCUGUGUUAAAAUAUGCUUUUGGGGGUCGGAAACGGUCUCGGAUCCCUUGUCGGGGUUUUUUAUGAAAUUUUGACUUGCAUUUGGAUAAUCACGAUAAUUAAAAUAAUUUGCAUAUUAAAAAUUUUUUAAUUUUUAAUUUGCAUUUCUAAAUUUCGAAAUAAUUUUUUAUUGAAAAUAAAUAAUCCCGGCCAAAUUUUACGUCAAAAAAAUUUGCAUAUAUAUGCAUAUUCAAAUUAUGAAAAUUUUAAAUUUGCAUAUUCAAAUUUUCAAAUAAUUUUUUGUCGAAAUGCCUAAUUUCAUUCAAAUUUUAUUUCAAAAAAUUUGCAUAUUCAAAUUUGCAUACCAACUUUAAAUUUGCAUAUUUUAAUCUCCCCUAAUUUUCAGUUCGCAUUCAAGUCCUUCUACCUGACCACAUUCGUCUACGAUCGCUCCGUUCUCUCGAAGACCAACAGCUCCAGACAGCUCAGUAUCAGCUUCCGACAACGUCUCGAAGAAUCGCAGCAUCUGAUCCGCGAACGCUCCAGUACCAUUUCGUAUCGCGCCACAACCCCCAUCCCAACGCUGGCACGUAACUCCAGCUGCAACGCGCUCAACGAACUCAUUCCGGACCGGGUUUUGGUCUAA